AUGAACAUACAGCACGACAGCAUUCAGCCAGGAUUCCGUGUGAGUGAAAAUGUCAUUGCUAAAGAAUUUGAGUUGUCAUCUCAUUUUGACACUGUCUUUAUUGACUGGAGCAGAUAGUGCUGAUUACUAUUACAUAAGACGGGCAAAAUGCACCUACAGCUCUCCUGAUUUCAGUGACAUGACGUAUAUUGACAGCUUUUACUUAAAUAAACGUCUAUUCGCAAAGUUCAACAGUACUUUGAGGAAGUUUGUGGGGUUUAAUGAAAUUGGAAUGAUUGUUGCUGAGAGCUGGAACAAUGGCACCUUUGUGCAAACAGAGAGAAAUGGUGUGGAUGCAUGCAAAUAUCUUUUCGAAUCCGAGGCCUCACGUUUCCUUGAUAAAGUAGUGAAACCAAAGGUUAAGGUCAGUUCAGUGACUCGGGCUGGUGGCAAUCACCCAGCUGUGUUGAUGUGCAGCGCUUAUGAAUUUUAUCCUGCACACAUCAAAGUGUCCUGGCUGAGAGAUGGUAAACUGAUGACCUCUGAAAUAACCUCAACAAUGGAGAUGGCUAAUGGAGACUGGUACUACCAGAUUCACUCUGAGCUGGAAUACACUCCUAAAUCUGGAGAGAAGAUCUCCUGUGUGGUGGAGCACGCCAGCUUCCAUAAACCCAUGAUUUAUGACUGGGAUCCGUCUCUCCUAGAGUCUGACAGAAUUAAAAUCGCUAUUGGAUCCUUUGGUCUGGUGCUGGGAAUCAUUAUAUCAGCUGCUGGACUCAUUUACUACAAGAAGAAAUUAGCAGGCUCAGUGGAUAUUAGAAGAAUUCAGAAUAUAAUUAAUCUGUGUACAUCAUCCCUGUAGAUACAUAGGAUCCUACCUCCUUUAGGAAGAGAAGGGGUCAUUUUGUUUGGCCACAACGAACACCAGCAACGCUCCAGGCCUGCAACGGUUAACUGUUAGGAUUUAGCACAUUUGCCGGCUAGGACUGGGGUGGGUGAAUCACGUUUAGUGUGUGUGUGAGCCUGCGUUUCAUGAUGUGAUAUGUGCUGUAUGUUAGCCUACAACUAGCUUACUACAUUGUGAGGCUAUUGAGGUACUUGUAACUUUUUGAUUUCUUUUACAUUUUGAGGCUAAUUCAAACUUGAGGCUUGAGGUGAUUUAAUUUUAUUCAAUAUUUAAUACUUUACUUCAUUGA